CAGGAUUAGCACGAUAUCACAAUGUCGAGUUCAAUUUAUGACACGUAUAACUUACCAAAUACGAGUAAAAUGUAUGGGAAUCCAAUCUGCCAUGUGUAUAUUGCUGAUGGGUUCCAAGAAGAUUGUGAGAAUUUGAUACAGAAGUGUAUAAUGAAACAUGAUGUACUGGAGUACCAUAUGUUCUGCAGAAUAUGGAAGGAAAUGAACAUGGGAUGCCUUUAUCAGGGUAGAACGUCAGCAGCUGAAGUAGCAGAGUUAUCAGAGGAAGUGUUGCACAUAGCUAAACAUUAUAUGGUUGCUGAUACUACUAUCUUUGAGGAAUCGGUAGCCGGUCUAUUUUUGGUCUACAGUCUUAUGCAUUUACAACCAUAUAAAAAUUUCGCAUCUUUACGUCUCGUACCGGAAGAUAUCCCAGCUAUUCAACGUAUAGAGUCAGUUGCUAGGAGAGAGAAACGGUACGAUGUUUUGUACAUACUGGCAUCUGUGCUCAUUAAAGGACCGUGCCAAUUCCACGCUGCGGAGAGAGAAAGAGGCAUGGAGCCUGCAAUUAAAAAGUAUUUGGAUGGUUUUAAAAGUAUUGACAGUGUGAGGGGAGUGCGAUCUAAGGGUGUAUUCUACCGACAGACCGAAGAACUGGAUCUCAUCAGGGAGCUUGGAGUUAUCACAAAGAAAUAUAGUGAGACCAAGGCACAAGUAAUGGGCAAAGGCCGUGUGGAUCAAAGUCUUCAGUAUAUUAAUGAAAAUUUAUCUGAUGAAUUGAGUUCAUCACUUAAAAAUUUAUUAAAUGGAUUCCAAGAUGAUGAUGAAGAUAUUGAUGAUGAAAAUGUAAAAACUGAAAGGGAACAUGUGAAUUCAGUUGAAGAAAUUAAAAUGAAAGCGAUGAAAGAAGCUGUGAAUCCUGUUAAACAUCUUACAGGCAUUGUGGAUAGAAAACAAUUAAAGAAAUCAAAAAAGGAAAAGCAAAUUAAAAUUGAUGAUAAAGAGUCAGAAACAUGUGCUAUAGAUAAAAAAAGACGACCUUCACCCAAUGGGAAUAAAAAUAAAAAACACAAAGUGAACGAAGACGAUGCAAAUGUUAAAAGUGAAGAAGCCGAAAUAGAAUUACAUAUAUCAUAUUCUGAUAGAAGUGAAUCCAGUGAAAGUGAUAAUGAAAAUACAGAAAAUGUAGAAUCCACAGUAAAAUCUUUACCAAUGUUAAUAAAUGAUAAUGUUGGAGCAUAUGAAAUAGAGAUUAUAGAUGAAAGUCAAUCAAACGAAGUAACCGAGCAAUCAGUGUUGCCAAAUAGUAGUGUUGAUGUCAAUAUACCAACUGUACCAUUGACAAAGGUUAAAAAAGAAAAAAUAACGAAAAAUAUAUCAAAAAAGAGCCACUUGAAGUCAAGAUUGAGUCGCUUGGGGAUGUUGAAAGUUGCAAGUUUAGAUAAAAAUUAGUUAUUACAGUUUCCCGCGACUUCGUCUGCGCGGAAUAAAAAGA